AUGGGCGUGUAUGCACCUAUGCCUACUACUACUACUACUACUACUACUACUACUACUACUACUACUACUACUACUACUACUACUACUACUACUACUACUACUACUACUACUACUACUACUACUACUACUACUACUACUACUACUACUACUACUACUACUACUACUACUACUACUACUACUACUACUACUACUACUACUACUACUACUACUACUACUACUACUACUACUACUACUACUACUACUACUACUACUACUACUACUACUACUACUACUACUACUACUACUACUACUACUACUACUACUACUACUACUACUACUACUACUACUACUACUACUACUACUACUACUACUACUACUACUACUACUACUACUACUACUACUACUACUACUACUACUACUACUACUACUACUACUACUACUACUACUACUACUACUACUACUACUACUACUACUACUACUACUACUACUACUACUACUACUACUACUACUACUACUACUACUACUACUACUACUACUACUACUACUACUACUACUACUACUACUACUACUACUACUACUACUACUACUACUACUACUACUACUACUACUACUACUACUACUACUACUACUACUACUACUACUACUACUACUACUACUACUACUACUACUACUACUACUACUACUACUACUACUACUACUACUACUACUACUACUACUACUACUACUACUACUACUACUACUACUACUACUACUACUACUACUACUUGUUUCCUAUUGUGUUUAUGCACCUCAGGCAUACACAUCCUUGAUCCCAUACAAGGUUUAGACCGGAAACCCACAACUAUAGUGAUUAACUCCUUGUCUUUGAGCUGGAUAACAACAACGCAGCAGUUGAUAUUUCUCAACUCGACAAGAAAUACUCAUUAUUUAACUACAGAAGAGUUUUAA